AUGAGGGAGGGGCAGGGCGCUGAUGGACAGUCUAGGAGGAACACGUGUAAAAUGCAUUUUAAUGUGCGCCAUAAACGCGAUCACAAACAUCGCUUAGCAGUAGAAAAGGAGGAGGAGGAGGGGCAUCAGCAUGUGGCUCGACGUCGCCGCAAGGAGGGGCGCCAGAGGCGGCAGCGCACCACCUUCAGCACGGAGCAAACACUGCGGUUGGAGGUGGAGUUCCAUCGCAACGAAUACAUAUCGAGAAGUCGACGCUUUGAGCUGGCCGAGACGCUGCGCUUGUCAGAGACACAAAUCAAAAUAUGGUUUCAAAAUCGUCGCGCCAAGGAUAAACGCAUCGAGAAGGCGCAAAUCGAUCAGCAUUACAGGAACUUUGUCGUGGCCAAUGGUUUUAUGAGCACCAUUAUGGGCCAAACGAGUUACGCGACGGCUGCGCCGGCUAACAGCUCAGCGGCGGCCAUGCUAGGCGGCAGCUACUAUGGUGCGGCACCGGCGCUGCAGCCGCUGCUGCCGGCGCCGCUGCCCAAGGACAGGCCGACGCUCGUAAAUAACGCGCGUCGUGCGGAUGUUAAUUAUGUUGACAUUGAGGACCGCCACCACCACAAUCAUCACCAAGUGCAUCCUGACCAGCAGCAGCAGCAGCAGCAACAGCAGCGACGCAGCCGUUUUGUGCCUCCGCCAACGCUUAUUAAUUCGUGCUAG